AUGCCGAGCUGCAUCAAGGACUGGAAGAACUCGUUCUUCUUCCUGUCGUCGCCGGAGCCGUGGCCUUUCCCCGUGGAGUGGGGCGAGCCGUCCAAGAGCUCUUUCAUGGUGCCGGUACUUGACAGCGAGAGGAAGAAACACGCGGCGAAGCUACUGCGCAGUUACGCCAGCGCCGCCGUUGACAUCGAUACAUGUCUCUCCGACAGCAACCUCGCAGCCGCCAUGGCACCUGCUGCAUCUGCGCGGCGGCCGCCGCCGCCGGCUUCUUUUAGUCGCAUUGCUUCCGAUUCCAAAGGCAUGGAUCCCUCUGUCUACGAGAUAAUGAAGCAUAUGCUGGCGGAGAAGGCGGCCGCUCAGGCGUCGGCGUCGGCGAAGAAGGCGAAAGCCGAGCCGGGCAGCCACGCGCCAGGGUCGCCGCCGUUGUGCGCAAAGAAGAGGAAUCUGGAGGAAGCCAGCAGCGAGGAGGGCCCGCCUCGUUCUCUGCUGAACACGCCGCUGUCCGGGAUGCGCUCGCCACCGCCGGGGUUUCCCAUCAGCCACGACGGAGACGGCACGGGCUGGGAGGCUGCACGGGAGCUGCUGCAGGGCGCCGUCGCGCCACCGCAGCAGCGCGCGUUUGCGGCGACCGAGCCGUCAGAUGUCAUCGCAGCGAGCUAUGUUGCGAUUCUCCAGGCGGCGAACUACGUGUCGUCGUCCUUGGGCUACGCGCUGGAGUUGGAAGAGAAGCUGGCGGCGCAGGACGCGGAGGUCGCGGCGCUAGAGAAGCAGCUGGAGGAGACGAAGGCCGAGCUCGCCGCGGCGAGGGCGGAGUGGGACAGUGCGUGA